AUGGAGACACACAACCUCACAGUGGUGACUGAAUUCAUCCUGAUGGGCAUCACAGAUCGUCCUGAGCUGCAGGCACCAUUGUUCGUUCUGUUCCUCGUCAUCUACUUGGUCUCCAUGGUGGGCAACUUGGGCAUGGUCAUUCUCACCACAAUGGACUCCAGGCUGCAGACACCAAUGUAUUUUUUCCUCAGACACCUGUCCCUCACUGACCUUGGAUAUUCUACAGCCGUGGGACCCAAAAUGUUGGUCAAUUUUGUUGUGGACCAAAAUACAAUUACCCAUAAACUCUGUGCUACACAGUUGACUUUCUAUCUUGUGUUCAUCAUUUGUGAGCUUUUCAUCCUGUCUGCCAUGUCCUAUGACCGCUAUGUGGCCAUCUGCAAACCUCUGCUCUACACUGUCAUCAUGUCACAGAGGGUGUGUGGAGUGUUAGUGGCAAUCCCCUAUCUCUAUAGUAUUUUUCUGUCUCUUCUCAUCACCGUAAAAAUCUUUAAUUUACACUUCUGUGGCUACAAGGUUGUCAGUCAUUUUUGUGACAGCCUCCCCUUGAUAUCUUUGCUCUGCUCAAACACCCAUGAAAUUGAAAUCAUCAUUUUGAUCUCUGCAGGGUUUAAUUUGGUUUCAUCUCUUGCAGUGAUUCUUUUUUCUUACCUGCUCAUCCUCAUAGCCAUUUUUAAGAUGAACUCUGUGGAAGGCAGGCACAAAGCUCUUUCCACCUGUGGGUCUCAUCUGACUGUGGUCACAGUCUUCUAUGGGACAUUGAUCUUUAUGUAUGUGCAGCCCAAGUCCAGUCACUCUUUUGACACUGAUAAGGUGGCUUCCAUCUUUUACACCCUGGUCAUCCCCAUGUUGAAUCCCUUGAUUUAUAGCUUGAGGAACAAAGAUGUCAAAUCUGCUCUAGAUAGGCUGUGGAAAAUCCUAUGA